AUGUUUGUAGAAGCUACAACUUCAGUUGUGAAUUUGUCACCAUGUUUUGCUUUGAAAUCAGGUUAUUACAAGAAUCUCUCCUCCCGAGUUUCAGUUAAGUGCACUAAAACAGCAUCAGAUUCAUCUCUUGAGAAGUCUACAAAUUCAGUUAAGGGAGCUUCUUUAAAUAAGAGAGUUGGGUCUUUGAAUGAUGUUGAAAGGAGGGAGAUACUUGGUUCAAAUGUUAUUGAUGACAAGAGUAGAUGGAAAGAAGAAAAGCUUGAACCUUUGUGGGAUGAUGGCUAUGGAACUCAGAGUGUGAAAGAUUAUCUUGAUUUAGCCAAAGACUUCAUUAAACCUGAUGGCGGACCUCCCAGGUGGUUUUGCCCAGUGGUAGCAGAUGGGAAUGAAAGUCCUUUACCCAAUUCACCCGUUCUUCUGUUUUUGCCAGGGAUUGAUGGUCUUGGUUUGGGCUUAAUUUUGCACCACAAGUCUCUUAAAAAAGUGUUUGAAGUUCGAUGUUUGCACAUCCCAGUUCAAGAUCGAACACCAUUUGAAGAUUUACUGACAAUUGUGGAGAACACCUUGAGGUUUGAGCAUGAUUUAUUUCCAAAUAGGCCAAUAUAUCUUGUUGGAGAUUCUUUUGGAGGGUGUUUAGCUCUUGCAGUUGCGGCACAUAAUCCAACUAUAGAUCUUGUAGUUAUAGUGUCAAAUCCAUCAACUUCGUUUGACAAGUCACAACUACAACUUAUGUUUUCUGUCUUGGAGGUCAUGCCUAGUACACUUCAUAUCACAAUCCCUUAUAUUCUUAGCGUUGUCAUGGGUAAUCCUAUAAAGAUGGCAAUGGUGACUACUGAAGCCUCGCCUACUGUAAAUGUUGGGAAAGUAGCUGAAAACCUUACUAUGUUGCUUCCUCGCCUUUCGGGGUUGUGUGAUAUUAUUCCAAGAUCAACACUUUUAUGGAAGUUAAAAUUACUUAAAUAUGGUGUUGCUUACACUAAUUCUCGACUGCAUGAUGUUAAAGCUGAAGUGCUAGCGCUUGCAAGUGGUAGAGAUAACAUGUUUCCGAGUAGCAAUGAAGCUCAAAGGCUUUCAAAAACAUUGCAAAACAGCAAAAUAUGUUACUUUACGGACAACGGUCAUGCUCUUUUACUGGAAGAUGGUAUUAAUUUGUUAACAAUACUCAAACAAAGCUUAAAAUAUCGAAGAACAUGCAAGCAUGAUUUUGUAAAGGACUACCUGCCACCUAGCAUGUCAGAGUACAAAAAUGCCCUUGCAGGACACAUGUGGUUCCAAUUUGCUACAAGUCCAGUGAUGUUUUCAACUUUAGAAGAUGGAAGAAUAGUGAGAGGCCUUAGUGGGAUUCCAGAUGAAGGUCCUGUUUUGUUAGUUGGUUAUCAUAUGCUCAUGGGAUUAGAACUUGCACCACUUAUUAUAGAGUUUUUAAGAGAAAAGAAUGUUAUUGUUCGUGGUUUGGCCCACCCUGAACUUUUUACAUUGAAUUCCAUAAAUGAGUUUCUUAAAUUUUCAUAUGUUGACUUGAUGAAAGUUUUUGGUGCCCUGCCUGUUACACCAACCAACCUCUUCAAAUUGCUUUCAACAAAAUCUUUUGUAUUGCUCUACCCUGGUGGUGCACGUGAGGCUCUUCAUCGUAAGGGUGAGCAAUACAAGUUAUUUUGGCCUGAUAAACAAGAGUUUGUAAGAAUGGCUGCAAAGUUCAGGGCUACUAUCGUACCAUUUGGAACUAUUGGAGAAGAUGAUAUUGCUGAGUUGGUUCUUGACAAUGAGGAUAUGAUGAAAAUCCCUAUCCUAAACAAUCAAAUAAAAAAAGCAAACGAAGAGGCAAUUAAUGUAAGGGCUGGAAUGGAUGGAGAAGUUGGUAAUCAGAACUUACUUUUUCCGGUAUGCGUACCAAAGGUACCUGGUCGAUUCUACUAUUUAUUUGGGAAGCCAAUACAAACAAAGGGAAAAGAAAAUAUAUUGAAAGAUAGAGAAAAUGCAAAAGAGUUGUAUAUGGAGAUAAAGUCUGAAGUGGAAAAGAGUAUGACUUAUUUGAUUAAGAAGAGAGAGGAGGAUCCUUAUCGUGGGAUUGUUAAUAGACUUGUAAAUCAACCGCUUUCAACCCCCGUGCACCAUGUUCCCACAUUCGAGCCUUGA